GAAGGAGGUGAGGCCGGGAAGAUGCCACUGCCGGGGGCGGGGCGCGGCUGGGGAUCCGGGAGAAGGACUGCAGCGGUGCUCGGUGGGGGCUGGGGCUGCAAUGUCACUUAUUUGAGGGUCAGGUGUGUAUGUCCCAGGCUGGGACUACCACUUGCCUACAUCUUCCCGGUACCACCCAGGGCGCAGGGACGGAGGCGGAGGACAGGGGACUGCAGUACCGUCCCCGAAGCGGGACGCGAACCGGCAGAGUUGGGAGAAGAGCCUCCGCGCCCGAGAGCUGAGCAUGCUGCCCCCGCGUGCAGCGCCCGCGUGCACCCAGCCCAGAGAGGGGGCGACAGGGCGGAGGCGGUGGCCCCCGGAAGGUGUCUGGGACCGGACCCGCUGCACGUGAGCCCAGCGCGGAGUCAUGUGCACCGGCUCAGCCCGGUUCGGCGGCCGGACGUGCUGCGUAUCAACAAAAUGAAACUCAGGGCGACAGGAGGGCAGAUAGCUCCAGGUCCUCCGAACCCCAGUCCCCGGCAGAACGACCCCCCCCACCACUGCUGUCUCCCGCCGCAGCCCCUCCGCGCGGCCGGAGCCCGCGGGGCAAGUUGCAGCCCUGGCGCGCCCCCGCCCGCCCGCGCCCCCUCACCGGCCCGGGGGCGCUUUGCCGCAGUCAUUAAUAAAGAAGGUCGCCAAGCUCACCCUUCCAAAAGUUGUUGUUGCAUGCGCCCCUCUCAGCCUCCCCGCAAUGUACUCUUUAAAACAGGACUGACCAACAUGCGCAAUCUCUCUCCCCUGUGCUGUGCAUCCCCCCCCCUCCGCGCCCUGGCUUCCUAGAACAGGCAGCCAGCAGGAGAGAGAGGGAGCGAGCGAGCAAGAGAGAGAGAGAGCGAGCGAGAGCGAGGGAGCGAGGAGCGCUGGCAGAUCUG